CAAUUUAUAUCAAUCACUCGUCACAAACCGUGCACCGCCUCCAUUAUUUAGAUUUAGCAUGUACACAAAAUGGGAUUGUCUUGCCUUAUUUUUCUUUCUGUUAAGCCAACGUAAAAUCAGAUAAGACUUAAACCGUCCGGGGGACACCCUUUCAGAUGAUUUAAAAAGAUAGGCGGCAUGCAUAUUCAUUAUCUACAAGGGGAAUCUUUGAUAUAAAAUAGUCUGGAGGAGGUGAAAGAGUGGGCUCAGAGUUAAGUUCAGCGUUCAGCUCAGCAGAAGGUGAGGUGGUGAGUGAAGCGGUUCAGGACUGGAUGGAAAUGUGUCAGACUGCUCAGCCUUUCUCCCCCACUUAGUUUCAAGCCUCCACUCAGUUUCACACAAAAUGCCGGGCGACGGCUCCACCAUAAAGAAACGCAUCCGGAAGCUGCUGCGUUCUCCGUCAGUCAGACUCAAUAACCCCGGGAAGAAAUGUCUGACCGCGAAGGUGGCUCUGGAGAAGGUCCUGGGUAUCACAGCGGCGGGACACAGCGGCCUGGCGUGCGAUCCCCACUCUGGCCUGGUAGCCUACCCUGCAGGCUGCGUCGUAGUCUUGCUGAAUCCCAAGAAGAACAGACAACAGCACCUCAUAAACACGUCAAGGAAGUCGAUCACGGCCCUCGCCUUCUCCCCUGAUGGGAAGUACUUAGUCACUGGAGAGAGCGGCCAUCUCCCGGCCGUCAGGUUAUGGGAUGUGUCGGAGCGCAGGCAGGUCGCGGAGCUGCAGAAGCACAACUACGGCGUCUCCUGCGUGGCCUUCUCCCCCAACAGCAAGUACAUCGUCAGCGUGGGCACUCAGCACGACAUGACCAUCAGCGUCUGGGCCUGGAAGAAGGACGUGGUGGUGGCGGUGAACAAGGUGUCCAGCAAGGUGAUGGCGGUGUCGUUCUCAGAGGACAGCUCCUACUUCGUGACCGCGGGAGUCCGACACAUCAAGUUCUGGUACCUGGACCCCUGCAAGCCCACCAAGGCGCUCUCCGCCGUCCCCCUGUUAGGGCGCUCCGGCCUGCUGGGCGAGUUGAGGAACACCUCCUUCUGCGACGUGGCGUGUGGGCGGGGCUCCAGCGCCGGCUCCACCUUCUGCGUGUCCUCCAGCGGCCUGCUGUGUGAGUUCAACGGCCGAAGGACCCUGGACAAGUGGGUGGACCUGCGGACGGGCUCCGCCCAGUCCCUGUCGCUGUCCGACGGCAUCGUCUUCUGUGGCGGCGCCGACGGCACCGUGCGCUGCUUCAGCCCCGCGGACCUCAGCUUCCUGGGCACGCUGCCCAGGCCACACCCCCUGGGCUCCCACGUCGGCGCCAGCCCCCUCCCCAACGCCCCCGCCGCCGCCGCCGCCCCCGCCCGCUACCCGGACACCGUGGCGGUGACCUACGACCCCGCCAGCCGCUGGCUGAGCUGCGUGUACGCCGACCACAGCGUGUACGUGUGGGACGUGCGUGACGUGCGCCGCGCGGCCACCGUGCACCGGGCGCUCUACCACGCCGCCGGCGUCUGGGACCUGCAGAUGUUACCGGACGUUUCUGGGGAGUCAAGCAGAGCUCCGUCGACCUCCACGUUUUUCAGUUGCUCCGCCGACAGCACCAUCCGCCAGUGGUGUACGGAGGGCCUCCGUCACGGUGAUCUGAUGAGUGUGAUCUACACGGAUGAGAGCGCAGCCCCAACCACAACCCCCACCACCUCCAGCCCCCUGCUGGACGCAGACGGUACUGCGGGUGAUGGGGCGACCGGGGAGAACAGGGCCGGGAUCAGGAGCAUCUGCGUCAGUCCGGACGGGAAACACCUGGCCUCUGGGGACCGGAACGGCAGGCUGAGGGUUCACGACCUCGGCAGUAUGAAGGAGAUUCUGAAAGUAGACGCCCACGAAGGAGAGAUUCUGUGUCUGGAGUACUCCCAACAAGAAACAGGUCUGGAGCUCCUCGCCUCGGCCGCCAGGGACCGGCUCAUCCAUGUGUUCGACGCGGGGAACGCCUACCGCCGGCUGCAGACGCUGGACGAGCACUCGUCCUCUAUCACCGCCGUGCGCUUCGCCGCCAAAGAAAACAGCGUGAGGUUAAUCAGCUGUGGGGCGGACAAGAGCAUCUACUUCCGAACGGCACACACGACGCACUCAGGGACAGAGUUCAGGCGAUCCCACCAUGUCUCGGGGAAGACCACCCUCUACGACAUGGGAGUGGACCCCACCUGCAAGUACGCUGCAGUGGGCUGCCAGGACCGGGCCAUCAGGAUCUUCAACAUCAGCACUGGGAAGCAGAAGAAGCUGUACAAAGGCUCAGUGAGUGAAGACGGGAGUCUGCUCAAGGUCCAAAUGGAUCCAUCUGGUCUCUACUUGGCCACCAGCUGCUCAGACAAGAACAUCAGCAUCUUUGACUUCCACACAGGAGAGUGUGUAGCCAACAUGUUUGGGCACUCAGAGGUCGUCACAGGGAUGAAGUUUACCAACGACUGCACACACCUGAUCUCGGUCUCCGGGGACAGCUGUAUCUUCGUAUGGAGGCUGGCUGCUGAGCUCACCAUGAACAUGAGAGAGAGACUCUGCCAGCUGAGGACCUCACCAGGGGGGAGCCCCUCCAGCGCGGGGGGGGGCUACGGCGCUCCCGCCCAGGUGGGCCUCUCCUCCGACAGCGACCACGAACACGAGGAGGAGGAGCCUGAGGCCGAACCCGACCGACCCGACCGACCCGACGACGGUGACUCCCUCAGCAGCACCUCAACAACAACCGACAACGCCAGCAGCAAUGGAGGGGAGGAAGCAGGUGUCUCGGAGCCGACGCAGGCGUGGGGUUUCCCUAAGGUGGCGCCGUGCAGCCCUGUGUCCCCGGAACCCGCCCACCGUCCCCGCCGACGGUGGUCCUACAGGUACAGAAUGGGCUCCCUGCAGCCCAUGGUGCGGUCCCUGCUGGACCUGAGGCAGCUGGACAGCUUCUCCUCCAUCGGGAGCCCCGAGCCGGCCCCCCGGACCCCCGCCAGCACCCUGGACCUGAGGGUGGCGCCGUCAGAGGGGAGUGCGACGAAGCAGCGGCCGUGGCCCCACCAAGACUGGCUGUUCUUCGGCUCUCCGAAAGGCUCCAAGGGAACCGACGGAGGUUCUCCGCGCUCCACAGAGAACCACAGCAGUCCGCAGGGCAGCGCCCCUCCUCUGAAUGGCCGUCCCGUCUGGAUGCAGGACUCCCGGACGGGGCAGGACGCCCGGAGCACUGACAGCCCCGUCUCCCUGGGUUACGGCAGCAGAGUCUCCAGCCCAGACCCCCUCAGCCCCCACGAUUCUGCCAGUGUGACGUCCAUUGGUGCAGACAGCUCAGACGAGGAGCGCUCGGAUCGCAGGGAGGAGGGGGAGGUGGAGGUGGUGGAGGAGAAGAGGAGGGCGGGCCGGGCGAUCAGCGUGGACGAGGCGUUGCGGGCCGUGUGCGGGCCCUUCCACUUCCAGAGCCAGCAGGGUUUCCUCAAGCAGAACUUUGAGUCGCUGGGAGACACCAGCAACAUCGCUGAUCUCGGUGGAACCCACGGACCCAGCAUUUCUUCUUGCUUCCGGGGCAACAGAAACAGGAGUGCCCCUCUGUUUGCUAAGAGCCGGGACGGCUCCGUGAUAGGGAUGGGGGGUCCCACUUCGCAGCCCCCCGUGUCUAAAGUCCGGCCGAUGCUGGAGGGGGUGGCCGACAACCAGAAGACCCCCAGGAUGGAAGGGACAAGCGGGCCAGAUGCGGGGCCUUCAGAAAGGGCCCCCCAGCAGGACUCGGGGGCCCAAAGGAAGAGUGGCCCGUGGAGAUUGCAACAAUGGAGGCCUUCCGGCCCCCCCCCGAAGGCCGCACCCCUGGCCGAGGUCCACGCCGCUUCACAGAACCCCGCUCCCGUCCAGAACCCGGCCUCACACCGGCCUCUCUCCCCUGCGCACUCUAGUGGCGCAGUGGCGCAACUGCAGCCCCGACCGCAGCAUCUCUCGGUGGACCCGGGCUCUCACGGAUCUCCCUCCCCGCUUCCCUCCCCCUCGCGCGGCUCGGCGCCCCCCUCCCCCUUGCCCUGGGCGAGCCCCCGGACCAAGGCCCGGCGCUCCUACAUGAGCCCCACCACCUCCUCCUCGUCCAAACGCAGCCACGCCUCCUCCUCCGCUCGGAGUGCGGAACGACGGGGCUCCAUGGACGCGGAGCCGCGCCCCUCGAAGAUCCCCCUGCCCCGACGCACCCAGAGCCUGCUGCUGACCCUCGGCCUCCGCCCAGAGCCGAAGACGCCUGCGCUGCCUCGGCCUUGUGCCUCUACCCCAGAGCCCUUGGGCACGGACCUCCCCGCCAGCAGGCCAGAACACUCUGUCACCUUGGAAACCUGUAUUCAGGCGGUGGGUGAACUCCACAACAGUCUCAAGAGGACGGUCACACUCUACAGCCUGGCUCUGAGCGGGGGCUGUGAUGCCGCUGACGACCAGGAGGAGAUGAGGAAGGUGCUGUCGGAGGCCCUGGGCGUGGUGAGGGCCCAGCUGGACCCUCUGCCCUGCGGCGGGGGGGUCCCUGAUGGGCCCCUGGGCCCCCGGGGUGGGGGGGACCGGGCCGCCCUGGCUCUGCUGGAGCAGUACUCUGAGCUGCUGCUGAGGUCCGUGGAGAAGAGGCUGGACGGGAAGACCUAGGGGGGCUCACACUGGGUGUGUAGUGUGCACACACACACACACACACGUGCCAACAUGCACACACAC